AUGAUGUCCGUGCUGUUAUUAUUAACGGUUAGCUGCUUUCGCUCAAAAGAAAAAUCACAAGGCGGGUGAUGGCUCGGUUUUUUUCUCCAUCAGAUGAUCCACAGGUUCAGGGACGCAAAGUUGCCAUGGAAACUAUUUUGCUCUUUCUCUCUUCACUCCUGGUGUGUGUGGCUGCUGUAGCAGAUCCAAGUGCACAGGAUGGCAAGGAGAAAGUUGAAAACCCGUUUGUUUAUGACUACGAGAGCCUGAGGAUUGGGGGAUUGGUGUUGGCUGUGGUUCUGUUCACACUGGGCAUUCUUCUCAUUCUUAGUCGAAGAUGCCGCUGCAGUAUAAACCAGAAGGCCAGGGCCCCCGGAGAUGAGGAGAAACAGGAGGAGAACCUGAUUGUCUCCCAGGCUGCAGCGGUUGCCAAAGAGACUCCAGCAGAGAAUUGAGGCAUUUCUUCCGGACCGGACUACCUUCUGAAAUGAUGAUCAGUUUUAUUUAAUAUUAAACCACUAUAAUAAGA